UUAGUCAUUAUAAGUUCGUUAAAAACUUGUCAUACAGAGUCAAAUAAAGUUAACAUUUUUUCAAAGACUAAAUAACAGUAACGGUAAGGCCCAAAGGAAAAGCCCAAUUAUACAUGGCUCAAAAAUUUACUCGUCUGAAGGUGGAGAGUGUGGUCUGUGGAGUUGGUUUUGCGCCACCACCGCUUCCGCCGAAAUCAGCUGAUUCUGAUUUCCAACACUCACAUACACAGUGUAGAGCCACUGACAUUCACCCAUUGUUUUUAACCACUUUGUAUAACUUUUCUUUUAUCCCAUUGCUUGCACUCAAGAUUUUUUUCCUUGUCGGAAUUGGAGCUCAAAUGCAUACGCUUCUGCGGAAGCGAUUUUGAUAAAUGUAUAAGGCUCUUGGCAAGCAACGACUCAUAUAUCGUUCUCUCAUAGCCAGCUACGUCAAAUCCGGCCUCAUUGAUAACGCGAUCAAGGUGUUCGACGAAAUGUCUCAAUCAGACUGCAGGAUUUUUUCGGUUGACUACAACAGGUUUCUUGGUGUUUUAAUCAAGAACCAGCGUUUUGAGCUGUCUGAAUACUAUUACGAUUCAUUGAAUUCCAAAGGGUUUUCUUUGAGUUCGUUUACUUACUCUAGAUUUAUUUCUGGGUUGUGUCAAGUUAGAAACUUAUACCUUCUUUCUAGGCUUUUUGAGGAUAUGGAUAGGCUCGGGAUUGUGCCCGACAUUUGGGCGUUUAAUAUUUAUUUAAAUCUUUUGUGUGGUGAGAGUUUAGUUGAUGAUGCAUUGAUAUUGCUGAGAUUAAUGAGAGAUAGAGGACGCGAGCCAGACGUUGUCAGUUAUACUAUUGUUAUCAGUGGGUUAUGUAGAGUCAAACGACAUGAUGAAGCAGUUGACAUGUGGAAAAUCAUGAUCAAGAGAGAUGUUAAACCGGAUAAUAAGGCGUGCAGGGCACUUAUGCUCGGGCUAUGCGACAUUGGGAAAGUUGAUUUGGCUUAUGAGCUCACGGUAGGGGACAUGAGGGGAAAGGUCUGCUUCGAUGCUGUGAUUUAUAAUGUACUUAUUUUUGGUUUUUGCCGAGUUGGUAGGAUUGAUAAAGCACUCACACUCAAGAAUUUUAUGAAGAAGAAUGGUUGUGAGCCCGACUUAAUCACACACAAUGUGUUGUUGAAUCAUUGUUGUAAUGCACUAUUGUUGGAUGAGGCAGAGAAAUUGCUGGAGAAAAUGCAGAGGAGUGGGAUGGAACCCGAUAGUUACAGCUAUAACGAGCUUUUAAAGGGUUUCUGCAAAGCCAAUAGAAUAGAUAAGGCAUAUGUCUUGUUAGUUACCAAGAUGGAGGUCAAGGGAUAUGCAGAUGUUGUAUCAUAUAACACAAUUAUUACUGCUCUUUGCAAAUCCGGUGUUACGAGAAAGGCUUAUAAGCUCUUUGAGGAGAUGGGAAGGAAAGGAAUUGCUCCUGAUGUGGUGACAUUCACAAUUCUCAUUGAUUCUUUUCUGAAAGAAAGAAACUCUGUUGUAGCUAAGGCCCUUCUUGAUGAAAUGACAAACGUGGGUCUAUUUCCAAGUCUUGCGUUAUAUACGACAAUUAUUGACCAUCUAUGCAAAACUGGUAGAGUAAGCAUGGCUCAUGGUAUUUUUCAUGAUAUGGUGAAACAUAGAAUUGUGCCUGAUGUCAUAUCCUACAAUGCACUUAUUGGUGGAUACUGCAAGACCUAUCAAGUUAGCGAAGCCCUAUGUCUAUUUAAGGAGAUGCAAACUAGAGGGGCUUAUCCAGAUGAAGUGACUUACAAGUUGAUCAUUCGAGGCCUUAUAAAUGACAAGAAAAUUUCUUUGGCUUGUGAAGUUUGGGAUGAUAUGAUGAAGAAUGGUUUUACUCUUGAUAGUUAUUUGUCAGAGACUCUAAUAGGUGCUAUCAACUCAAAAGAAAUAUAAGAGUUUGUAAAUUAUGUUCCUAAACAUUAUACCGGGAAUCCAUUGAUGAAAUCACCAUUGUCCUUCUGGCUGGUGCCAAAUGCUUUCUUUUGAAUGUAUGUGUUUCCAGAUUUAAUGCUUCCAUUGGUCAGUGUUGAGUGCGGGUACAAGUUGACUCAUUUAUGCUGAGUAGGGAAUGGUACCAUAAGUUCUGGUCUUUUGGAUCGUUAAGGGCUCUUGGUACUUGCUUAGAUACUGCUGAGAUGGGUAUGGACAGAUCCUGCUGUGUUCUGAUGUUGGGGACAUCUAUCUGCAUCCAUGUUCUGAAUUAAGGAUCUGUUCUGAGGGCAUUUUCUCGACAUGUUUAUUACCUUCUCCCUCCACUAUGAAGGAAAUCUCACAUCUCUAGCUAAUGUGGGGCAAGCUCUCUGUUCCUAAUAGAGGGUAGAAUUUUGUUACAUUGUUCAAACUUGAAGAAUCUCCAUCCAACAUCAUUAUCUGGAGUCAUGGAAGGCCUCGGUGGGGAAUGAAAAAAGAAAAUUACUGGCAAAAAGUGAUAGUCCCAGCAUUGAUGUGGUAAAAUGUUGAGGAUGAAUCAUAUGUAAGAGAAGCUUGCUGAAGAUAUGGUGAACAAAUAAUUUGCACAAUUGGCAGAUACCUAAUUUCAUGUCUUACGUUUUAGCUCCUGGCAGCCGAUACUGAGUUCCAUGCCUUUCAUUUUAGCUUCAAGCAUAACUACUCAAUAGAAAGUUUAGACAAACCUAAACAGAAAAGAGAGGGAGGGGGGUAUUGGGUUUGAUAGUGUAGCUGUAAGAAUGCUCAUGCUUAACGUUGUAAUAUAGGGUAUAUGAUAGUGUUAGCUGUUAGCAUGUUGAUUUUGUUGCCAAACAUGCUAUGCUUAAAUGAGUCAAAAGUUUCAUUUUUGCUACCAACUAAGGGUUCUUGUUCUCUUAGUUUAUGAAUAUGGAUUUAUACAAUAGAACUGGAGAUGUUUGAUAGUAUAUUAUAUUCAACUACUAGUUCAACUA